AUUGAAACGUAUGAAGAUGAUGUUGAAAACAAUAUAUUCUUGAUUGGCAGAACUGGUAGUGGCAAAUCCACCUUAGCUAAUGAAAUUAGAGUUGGAAUUAAAUAUCGAGUUAUGGGAUUUUUGGGUGUUCGACUUAUAUUUGUUACAUCUAGGGAUGUAAAAGUCCUGGACCAAUCUGGUCCUGGUCCUAGAGCAAAGACAGACCGAACCUGGUCCUGUAAGACUAGUCCUAGGGCAGUUCAGGACCUGGUCUUUAUACAGAAAAUUGCUAAAGCUCACUAG